AGUAGAGUUUUUUCUAAUCAGAUUUUUGUUAUAAACUUAAAAAUGAAUAUCGUUUGAUUAUCGAUUGUUAUAAUGCUCAUUUUCGCGUCGCCUUAUUUUAUUUAUUUUUUUUAUUAUACAUUUUUGAUGUCAUAUCUUCGUUUUUGUGACGUGGAAAAUGAGCAUUAAAGUAAUCGAUAAUCAGACAUUUAUUUUCAAUUGAACAACGGAACAAAGAGAAGAUACUUUCAGUUCGUUAAAAUUUAUUUUCAAAAGAAUCUAAAUAUGUUGCUUCAUCAUAGAAUCAUACAAAUCAUAAAAAAAAAUUAGUUGAAUAUUUUAUAAAGUUAUAUAUAAAUAAAUAAUUGAUCAAAGUGAAUUUAUGGAUAUUAUGAUGGAUUUUACAAUUUAAAAAACUUUUGUUUUCUCAUUAUAAACAUAUUUAUAAAUAAUUAUCACAAUGAAUUUUGGAGUUAAUUGGGAAGAAGAACAUAGACAAACAUUAUUAGAAGGAAAUGCAAUAUUGGAACGAUCUUCACAAUCUAUUAGCAGAUCUCAAGCAGUUGCUAUUGAAAGUGAACAAAUAGGAACUGAGGUAAUUUCUGAAUUGAGUAGACAAGGAGAACAAUUAUUACGAACAGAAAGAAGAUUAUCACAAACAGAUGAAGAAUUAGAUAAAACAAGAAGAAUAUUAAAUAUUAUGAGACGUAGAGUUUUAUUAAAUAAAUUUGUAUUAAUCUUAAUUAUAUUAUUAGAAAUAGCCAUACUUGGUGCUAUUAUAUAUAAAAAAUAUAUAAAAAUAUUGUAAAUAUAUAUAUGUAAAAAUAAUAUAUACUUUAUAUUUUAUAUACAGUA